ACGUAUCUAUUAUACUCUAGUUUUUUCCUUCUGUAUAGAUAAUAAUGAUUUCAUUUAGUGGAGAAUUUUAAUAUUUUUCGUGUUUAUUUGUUCAGAUUGGACGAUGCAUGUUCAUUAUAAUCUUCGGGUUGGUGAGUUGUUGCUGUGGUACUUACUCGGCUAUCUCAAGAUUAGCCGACCAAAUGACAUGACUGGGUGCAAUUUUUAUAAUGGUGAUUUAAAUUAGAUGUUUGUUGUAUACAGUGUUUACAAAUAUAUAGUUUUUAUUCAGUUUGGGUUGAGAUUUGUUGCGUUUGGAAAACAAGCCUAAGGGAAACCGAAUCUAGUAUCCAAAGAGACUUUAUAGUGUACUUGAAUAUGGUUUACAAUGAAAUUUAUUUCUCUUUGUCAUUGUCAAAUGAAUUUAGAACCUAACGUAUUGUGUAUUCAAAGUAAUGUGUCACACGAGCAUACCUAGUGGGCAAGUGAAGAUGUAAAUGAGACUGAUUGGUAAGUAAAGGUGUCCUUAUUUGGAGCAGGAUUCAAGAAAAAUGGACCCAAGCUCAUAAAUGAUGGGGGCUUUGUCCUUAAAACAGCAAGGCAAACAACAUGUGCAACCAUCCCUCUCUAUUCUCAAAGGUCUUUUUCCAUGUGAACGUCACAUCUCCAAACUCUUUUUUCAUACAUUUUUAUUCUUUUUUCUAAAAGUAAACAUUGGUUCAUCUUACAGCUUGUUUAUUCUUCUUUUAAUUGCUGUAAAUUGUAUCAAUGGUUUUGGGAAAACAUGUGGAAUUUUCUUUAGUCCAAUGAUUAACUGAAAAAGUUAAAGUUCUUACAUCUAAACAUGGGAUCCAUAACUUAUCAAAUCCAAAAUAUUACAAUGUCAAACGUUGAACCAUCUAUUGGAAAAUACGUCACAACUUUUAAAUGAUCAGUUGAAGUUUUGAUUCAAGAUUGAUUAUGAUUUAACUCGAUAAUCUCACAAGGCCUCUCUUGCACCAUGUAUUCUUUGAUGAAGUUAGAACUGAAAACAAAGAGAAGUAACUUUUCAGAGAAAACAGUAAAUACUAGACUGUUGGAGUAAAUAAAUGUCGAAUCUGUAUUUUAAAAUGCGCACCGUCCAAACUUCCAUGGCAAAUACAGUGACGAAACCAAGGUAAACACACAUGCUUUGGUGUUUAAAAAAGAUAUAGUGUCAGCUAAAAUUCAAGGUUUUAAACGAACUUCAACCUAAUGAAGAAGUUUAAGAAUAUUAAAAUCAUUCCCCUAAUUAUUUGCCUUGAAUUUAGAGCCGUUUGCAGUGGUGGCUGCAUACAUUAAAAAUCAUCUGACUGAAUUAACUAUUCUAAAGGUCUAAUAUGUUCAUUAGUGCAUGUCAUAUGUUAGUGUCUCACUCUUACUGAUAACCAUUUCAGUAUUAAAAAUCAACAACUAUUUAAUAUGAUAAAAUAGUUUUGUGUGGCUAUUCAUAACAAAAAAUACAUUUGUUUCUUUCUAAAAAUUAUUAUAUACCAAUUAAAAUAACAAUUCGUAAGUGAAAACAAAAUUUAAUAAAACAAAAUUAUGACAGUGAUAGAUAAAAACACUUGAGCCUUACAUUUUCUAUGCUAAUUAAUGAAAAGCUUAUAUAUUAUUGUCAGACAUUCGAGAAAAUAGAAAACAAAAGAGAUAUUUUUCCAGUUGAAAAGAAAGAACAAAGAUCUCAUUGCUGUUUCAGUGAACUUGCACCAAACUCACAAACUUCACUUGCACAAACUCACUUCCUCAUAAAAUUUCUCAUCAUGCACCAUCCUCUGUUUUAUCUUCUUCUCAUUCUUUUCAUCAGAACUAAUCAAUGUUCCUCUUCUUCUUAUUCUUCUCAAACUCUUGUUUUGCCUCUAAAGACCCGAAUAACCCCAAUGGAUAACUCGGGUCAUCGCCCCACCGACAAACUCCAUUUCCACCACAACGUCACUCUCACCGUCACACUUACCGUCGGUACUCCUCCUCAAAACAUCUCCAUGGUCAUCGACACUGGCAGCGAGCUCUCCUGGCUCCGCUGCAACCGUACCUCAAACCCGAACCCGACCAACAACUUCGACCCGACUCUCUCCUCCUCCUACUCACCAAUCCCUUGUUCCUCGCCCACUUGUCGGACCCGGACCCGAGACUUCCUCAUACCCGCUUCCUGCGACUCCGACAAACUCUGCCACGCAACUCUCUCCUACGCCGACGCCUCCUCCUCCGAAGGCAACCUCGCCGCCGAGGUUUUCCACAUCGGAAACUCCACCAACAACUCCAGUCUCAUUUUCGGGUGUAUGGGAUCCGUGUCCGGAUCCGACCCGGAAGAAGACAGCAAGACAACCGGGUUGCUCGGCAUGAACCGUGGCUCCCUCUCUUUCAUCUCUCAGAUGGGUUUCCCCAAGUUCUCCUACUGCAUCUCCGGCACCGACGACUUCCCGGGCUUUCUUCUCCUCGGCGACUCCAACUUCACGUGGCUAACGCCGUUAAACUACACGCCGUUGAUCCGCAUCUCGACGCCGCUGCCUUACUUCGACCGUGUCGCUUACACCGUCCAGCUCACGGGGAUUAAAGUUAACGGCAAGCUUUUGCCCAUCCCUAAAUCGGUUCUCGUACCGGACCAUACCGGCGCUGGUCAGACCAUGGUUGAUUCCGGUACUCAGUUUACUUUCCUGCUCGGGCCGGUUUACAGUGCGCUUCGAACCGAGUUUUUAAACCAGACAAACGGGACCUUGACGGUUUACGAUGAACCGGAUUUCGUUUUCCAAGGAACCAUGGAUUUGUGUUACUUAAUUUCGCCGGUUCGGAUUCGGACCGGGAUCCUCCACCGGUUACCAUCGGUUUCCUUGGUUUUCGAAGGAGCUGAGAUAGCGGUUUCGGGUCAGCCUCUACUAUACCGAGUCCCGCAUCUGACGGUUGGGAACGAUUCGGUUUAUUGUUUCACAUUUGGAAACUCCGAUCUUAUGGGAAUGGAGGCAUACGUGAUUGGACACCAUCAUCAGCAGAACAUGUGGAUCGAAUUUGAUUUGCAGAGAUCAAGAAUCGGUUUGGCUCCGGUCCAGUGUGAUGUUUCUGGACAGAGACUAGGAAUCGAGUCGUAAACCGUAUAUAACCAACCCGGUAAAUCGUCAAUACCUGUGUAACUAUAGUUUUUUUUUGCGGUACGUAGAAUGGUUAUCUAGUAGAAGGUGCGCAGGACGCACGUGACUAGAGUGAGUGAGUGGGCUUCUUUUACCAACACAUGCGUACGAGUAAUAACUUCGAGUUUGUUAGUAGUUGUCUUCUUUGUUUGAUUGUUUAACACGCUACUUACGUUGCAUAAUUAAUUUUCUUCCCUUUUAGGGCUUUUUUUAAACUUGUAUUCCUUCUUUCAACGGCUUAAUCAUUUACCAUGCACUGCUGUUGGUGAACGUGAACAUAAUAUUGAACAAACGAUCCAAUUACAUGUAGAGAUUCAACGAAUUCAUGUUAUCAUAACAAUUGUAUUGAUUGAAGAAUAUUCAAGAGAGCAACACCAUCUUCUUCCUUCCUUUUUGAUCCUUGUCGAGAGUUAUCACUAUGUAAUAUUUAUUUAUUCAAUAUCUA